AUGUCUUCCGAACUCGCUGAUGUCGGUCUUAUCGGUCUCGCCGUCAUGGGCCAGAACUUGAUCCUCAACAUGAACGACAAGGGCUUCAAGGUCUGCGCUUACAACCGAACCACCUCCAAGGUCGACGCCUUCUUGGCGAACGAGGCCAAGGGCACCAACAUCAUUGGCGCCCACUCGGUCGAGGAGCUCUGCUCCAAGCUCAAGUCUCCCCGUCGUAUCAUCCUCCUCGUCAAGGCCGGCCAGGCCGUCGACGACUUCAUCUCCCAGCUCGAGCCCCACCUCGAGAAGGGUGACAUCGUCAUUGACGGUGGUAACUCGCACUACCCCGACUCUAUCCGCCGAACCAAGGAGCUCGAGGCCAAGGGCCUGCUUUUCGUCGGUUCCGGUGUGUCCGGUGGUGAGGAGGGCGCGAGGAACGGGCCCAGUUUGAUGCCCGGUGGUUCGGACGCCGCUUGGCCCCACAUCAAGGAAAUCUUCCAGAAGACCGCUGCUCAGGCCGAGGGCGAGCCGUGCUGCGACUGGGUCGGUCAGACCGGUUCCGGCCACUACGUCAAGAUGGUGCACAACGGUAUUGAGUACGGAGACAUGCAGCUCAUCGCUGAGGCCUACGACAUCCUUAAGAGGGGUCUUGGCUGCGACGAGAAGGAGAUCGGUGACAUCUUCGAGAAGUGGAACGAGGGUGUCCUCGACUCUUUCCUCAUCCAGAUCACCCGUGACAUUCUCCGCUUCAACGACGACGACGGAAAGCCGAUGGUCUCCAAGAUCCUCGACGCCGCUGGACAGAAGGGUACCGGAAAGUGGACCGCCAUUGACGCCCUCGACUACGGAAUGCCCGUCACGCUUAUCGGCGAGGCUGUGUUCGCCCGGUGCCUCUCGUCCCUCAAGGAGGAGCGUGUCCGCGCUAGCAAGUUGAUCCAGGCUCCUGCUCGUGAGGAGUUCAAGGGCGACAAGCAACAGUUCAUUGACGACCUUGAGCAGGCUCUUUACGCCUCCAAGAUCAUCUCGUACGCCCAGGGCUUCAUGCUCAUGCGUGAGGCUGCCAAGGUCAACAACUGGAAGCUCAACAACUCUGGUAUCGCGGCCAUGUGGCGUGGUGGAUGCAUCAUCAAGUCGGUCUUCCUUUCCGACAUCACCUCGGCCUACCGUGAGAACCCCGACCUCGAGAACUUGCUUCUCAGCCCCUUCUUCCUCAAGGCCAUCGCCAAGGCCCAGCCCGGAUGGAGGCGCGUGGUUGCCCAGUCUACUCUCUGGGGUAUCCCCAUCUCGGCCCACACCACUGCGCUGUCCUUCUUCGACGGCUACAGGACCGAGACCCUCCCCGCCAACCUCAUCCAGGCCCAGCGUGACUACUUCGGCGCCCACACCUUCCGUGUCCGCCCCGGAAUGGAGAACGAGCGUCUCCAGGCCGGCCAGGACAUCCACAUCAAGUGGACCGCGACUUCGGGUAACGUAAGUUUCUGUGGUCAUUGGGAUCGGCUAUGCAGGGACAAGAAGCUGACAUAA